GAGAUUGUAACAAGUAAACGCUAAUUCAACUUCUAGAACCUACAGCAGGCAUUUAACUUUUCAGUUUUCAAUGCAAUAUUGAGCAGCUUUCAUCGUAUAUGAAAAUAUAGUACAAUGCUUAUCUAAAGCUUUCACAAUUUAACCAAUAAUCAUAUUUGCAGCAGCAUAUAUAAAACAUCAAUGCUUACUUGUGCAACCCACCUCAAUGAAGCACAAAUACGCAUUAUACGCAUAAGAACAAUCUUAUAGGUAUCCAAACCACCCUUCAAUUUGUCUACAUGAUUUGGUCUUGAUAAGAACAGCCAACCACAAUCUUGUAUCUUUCUAAAUGUCUCUCUACUCAACCACCUCAGACCCUUCUAGCAAUGAGUGACUUCCACCUCGUUUAGAAGUCAUAAUGAAAAGAUCUUAUUCUGCCACUCUUCCUAUCAUAUCUUUUUAAAGCCCAUCUUCCUUGCAAACUAAACCUACAUCUAUUUUCUAUCUUCAAUGUUUACUAGAAAAAUAUAACAUCAAGCCCUUCGACACGAAUGAAAAUGAAGGUAAGUGUAAACUCUUACCAAAUUCAGAAUAAGAGCUAUGUUCAUUCCUUUAAACUUUAUUUUUGCAUUCCAUUCAUGCAGUUAUUACAAUGGGUGCACCACAAAUUUCGGCACGGUAGCAUUGAGCCUCUCAAGGAUCUCAGUAUUGGUAUUCCUACUACUUUUCAGUAAUUUUCUUCUUUUUCCCCACAUCUUAAAUAAUGUUGCAGCCAGACAUCAGUCAAAACUUUUAAUUCGAAUAAAUCAGGUUACAAAUAUUAGCAUAAUAAAUCCUUGAUCAUAAUAUACAACGCUGCAGUCAAGGCUAAGAAUUCAGUUCAUAUUCCUUGAUCUUAAUAUGACACUGCAGAACCCCAAAUUGUCUGAGGCAGCCAAUCUCUUGUGGACAGUGUCCACCUGAUAGCUCUCAUUGGCGAAUUAUGUUGGGACCACCAACCACGUUGUACUAACUAAUGAAAUUACUCAACCAUCAGAGAGACCAGUUUAUUACAGCAACAAUGCAGCCACUGAGAUGACUUGAUUAUAUACACAGAUCAAGCCAUUCUUCAUUUGUUAUUUUCACACAUGUCCUAAUUCCUUUUGUAACUAAUUUCAGGGGAUCCUGGUAUUUUCCUUUCAGCUCAGCCAUCAGUUGAUGAUCAACAUUCCUAUAUGAAGUCAAGCUUUGGCUCCAGCUAUGGAUCUACAUCCUUGGAGCCCCCUAAAAGGGACCAAGAAAAAUCUUUUUCUGAAUCUGAAGCCAAUAGAGAAGAAGAAACAUCUGCUAUUAUCUCAGAGCUAUUUCAUGGCUUUCUCACCAUUGGAACACUUGGCUCUGAACCAAGUAUCAAUGAGCCGGAAACACCAACUUUUGCAACAACUUUAGAGAACUUAAGUGAGCAAAAAACAGAAGUGACACAGAAUGACUUGAAGCUCAUCAGCUAUGAGCUAGAAAAGUUCCUUGAGGCGGAGACAAAGGAAGAAGGGGUUCAUGCAUCAUCAGCAAGGAACAGUCAAGCUAGCACUAUUACACUCAAUGGCAAGCAAAUGGAGGAAUCCGAAGAUGAAGAGUACUGGACAACAACUGUGGUAUGUCCGCUCAAAGAAUAUCUCUUUGGGUCCUCAAUUGAACUACCAGACACAAGAAUAGAAGCGAAGAAAGAAAAGACAUCACUGCAAGAGCUGUUUGAUAGGACAAAGAUGACAACUGAAAAUUGUAAGGAGACAAGUGAGAGUGUGGAUAUAAAAUCCGAGCAUAAGCAUACAUCUGCCACGCAGUUCAUGAAGAAGAUCAUUAAAAAACUCCAUGCUUCUUCGAAAAGCUCUGCCCCUUGUACUGGUGGUGAUGUAACUGAUCCUGUUUCCACCAGGAAGAAAUUUGGUGAGGCAUCUGAUUCUGUUUCAACCAAGAAGAAACCCCAUAAGGUUGGGUUCCUACAACUAGAUAUUCCCAGACCCACAGCUAAACAGCACGUCUGAUGUCUCUGCAUCACACACACACACGCACACGUGUACGUAGAUGUGUACAUACAUACAUAAAUACAUCAUUGCAUUGCAAUGAUUGUAUCAGUGCUAUCCUAGAUACAGCUAAGUCAAACACAAGAAUUUGAUGCUAUCAAAGAUCUGAUUUUCAGCAUCUAGACCAAAGAAACAUUAAUGGUGAGAGAUCCAAUGGUUGUUUACGGUUUUUUGCACACACAAAGGAUGUGACCCUGACACCAGAGAUAAAUUAAUUGUGUGAACCAAAAUGUAGCAUGAAAAUCAUCCCUGCUAGCAUGCUUAGGUCUUAGGAUGUGAUUUAUACACUCAAAAGAAGGUGUUGUUUCCAAGUUACUGAUCUCUGUAAAACCUAGCAUCCAGCCUCCUUAUUUAUCCAAACUAAUCAGUAGAGUUUCCAUGAGAUGUCUUCAUCAGACAACAAUCUCUCUUUUAAUAAUUUGACGAAAACCACCAGGUGUUGCCUUCACUUAGAUUUGGGAAAAGAAAAAAGUGGAUAACACUUCACAUUCAACUUUUUCGUUUCUUUUUGAGUGGCAUGCAGAUCUUACGUAUGUUCCAUAGAAGGAUCCAUCCUGAAAGCUCUACAGCUGCAAGAGAAUUUGUCGAGGCCGAGAAAUACAAGGACAAGAACAAUUCCAGUGCCCAUGGUGGUCGUAGUGAAAAUAUGAUGCUCAUGGGCAGAGACAACAUAAGGUUCCCUCAAGGGGCAAUGAUAAAGGAGGGGACUGAACAUUGUAAGAAAUACAUGAACUUUCCCCAAUACAGGCUGAGUGGCAGCAAUUUUAGAAGAAAGGGAGAGCACUGGAUUAAAACAGAUGCAGACUACUUGGUGUUGGAGCUGUAGGAAUAGAAGUUGCAAGAAAAGUCAGUGGUCUUGAUCCUUUCUGAGACAGAAUGCCAAUGUUGUGUUUGAUAAUAUUAUCUUUUCAUGUACUUAUUUAUGAGUGAUUGAGUGUUGAUGAACUCAAGAAAAAAUGAAAAAAGACUAGAAGGUAUUCAUCUCUCCUCAGUGUGUUGAUGAAGUUGUGACUUAGUUUUAUCUAAAUUUCUUUCCCAAUCAAUAAAGAUUUCAAUUAUCUACAAGUCUUAUUUGAAUGGUCGAGACUUGAGAGCCAUUCUCAAAUUUCUUGAAUAAGUAUUCCAGUUACUAGCAUGCUAUAUGGUGUAUCCCAUAUUUUAUGAAACCAGACCCUUUCUUUCGUUGCCUAUUGUGUUGUUUGAACAUCAUAUAUUCUUAUCAGACAUUGAGGAAACUUGAUCUUAGUCAAAGAGGCGGAUAUCAACAAAUAUUCUCAAACAUCACACCAUGGUUUCACAAUUGGUUAUCCAAAUUUAAUGCAUCAAUUCUUAGGAACCCACUAUCCAGGCAAAGCACUACUGUUUAUGUGCUACAUGGUUCAAAGUCCAAUUCAAAUAGGUAGCACCAUAAAUUUGUGGACAUGAGUGUCAGAAGUAAAUAAAAGUAAAGAGUCAAACCUCACAGCAUGCCAUGUUGAGGCAGCACCAUCUUGCUGAAAUCAAAUCGGUAGAAGCUCUUCCCUAAGAAACCCACCCAUCUCCAUCCUCCAAGAUCGAUCAACUAUAGCUGCUAACUCUCUGAAAGGCCCAUUAUAAGUUCCCAUAAGCAGAACACAAAAUGUAUAGAACAAGAGGAAAACAAGAGACCAGGUAAUACAGUUCGUUUAUAAUUCCAAAUGGGUGAAGGGCCUAGGUGGUAGAUUA